CGUGGUUUGGGGCUUCUGAGCCGGAUCCCGCAGCGCAGGAACCAAGGUGCACCUCUACCCUGUGGGCCGCCAGCCCCGCACACCCCCGCGGGCGAGCGAGUGGUUCGGUCUGAUUCCUUCCCGCUAUCUGGGAGGUUGGGGCCUUGUCCGAGGAACUGGGAGUCUGGGAGCGGGUUGCCAGGGCGCGACACAGGGUCUGCGACUGGCCGUCGGCUCCUGUGGGCGCAUCCACUUUCGGCAAGAAGACCUGCCGCAGGCGAGUUAGCCGGCCAUCCCCCACCCCCUGCAAAACCGCGCAUGGGAGAGUCCAGACACUAGGUGCAACCGUCGCGACUUCCGGUUCCCAUGACAGCGGCGCCGGAAGCCGGGCCCCGGCUGCAGGACUAGACAGGGUCUUACUAAGUUUUCAAGACUGAUGUCGCUGGUGAUCCUCCUGCAUCAGCCUCGUGAAUCCUUGGGAUUAUAAAUUGUGCCACCAUCCCUGACUCCUUCCUCAACUUUUUAAUGAAGUCUCAAGAUGCUGCUUUGGGUUUUCAUGGUCCUCAUGUCACUCGAUAUCCAACAGGACCAGACCUUUUGACCUUGGCAGAGGCUGUCAUGGAGCAAUGUGCAUGUGUGGAGAGAGAGCUGGACAAAGUCCUGCAGAAGUUCCUGACCUAUGGGCAGCACUGUGAGCAGAGCCUGGAGGAGCUGCUACACUAUGUGGGCCAGCUGCGGGCUGAGCUGGCCAAUGCAGCACUCCAAGGGACCCCUCUCUCAGCUACCCUCUCCCUGGUGAUGUCCCAGUGCUGCCGGAAGAUCAAAGACAUUGUCCAGAAACUGGCUUCAGACCAUAAGGACAUUCACAGCAGCGUGUCCCGAGUGGGCAAAGCCAUUGACAGGAACUUUGACUCUGAGAUAUGUGGUGUGGUCUCCGACGCCGUAUGGGACUCACGGGAGAAGCAACAGCAGAUUCUGCAGCUGGCCAUUGUGGAGCACUUGUACCAGCAGGGCAUGCUCAGUGUUGCUGAGGAGCUGUGCCAGGAAUCAACACUGAAUGUGGACUUGGAUUUCAAGCAGCCCUUCUUGGAGUUGAAUCGAAUCCUGGAAGCUCUGCACGAACAAGACCUGGGGCCUGCACUUGAAUGGGCCGUUUCUCAUAGGCAGCGCCUGCUGGAGCUCAACAGUUCCCUGGAGUUCAAGCUGCACCGACUGCACUUCAUCCGUCUCCUUGCAGGCGGCCCUGAGAAGCAGCUGGAGGCCCUCAGUUAUGCCCGGCACUUUCAGCCUUUUGCUCGACUCCACCAGCGGGGAUGGAUUGGAGCCCCUGCAUCCUCUGAACUGCUGCUUGGUUGCCUUGUAGAGAUUCAGGUGAUGAUGGGCAGCCUUGUGUACCUGCGGCUGGGUUUGGAGAAGUCGCCCUACUGCCACCUCCUGGACAGCAGCCACUGGGCAGAGAUCUGUGAGACCUUUACCCGGGAUGCUUGUUCCCUGCUGGGGCUCUCUGUGGAGUCCCCACUCAGUGUCAGGUCUCUGUGGUCUGAGCUACUCCAGCCCUGCUCUUUGUUCUGCAGCUUUGCCUCUGGCUGUGUGGCGCUGCCCGUGCUGAUGAACAUCAAAGCUGUGAUUGAGCAGAGGCAGUGCACUGGGGUCUGGAGUCACAAGGAUGAGUUGCCGAUUGAGAUUGAACUAGGCAUGAAGUGCUGGUACCACUCGGUGUUUGCUUGCCCCAUCCUCCGCCAGCAGACAUCGGAUUCCAACCCUCCCAUCAAGCUCAUCUGUGGCCAUGUCAUUUCCCGAGACGCACUAAACAAGCUCAUUAAUGGAGGAAAGUUGAAAUGUCCUUAUUGUCCCAUGGAGCAGAACCCAGCAGACGGGAAACACAUCAUAUUCUGAUUGCUGCCUGGAAGGAACUUUGUUGGAAGGGGUUUUCUCCCAUGAGCCUCAGUCUGUCUAGGGGCGGAUGGAUGAGUGGCUUUAGUGGAUUAGAAUUCAUUUCAGAGGAACUGGCUAAGGAACACUACCAUGGGGUGGAGCCUGGCCAAGCUUUUGGCAGAGGCCAAGAAAAGAGGUUAAGAGCUAGACUGGGCAGCUACCUUCUUGGCUAUAAGGAAAGGGAAAUGCUGGCCUCUGUACUUUUGCUGUUUAUAUUUGCCCCACUUAGCAACUGACAGAGUAGCAAAGGUCUUGGACAUCAGCAACAAUCUUCCACCCCAUCCUCAGCCAUGGCUUUUACUGCCAUGUGAAGGCUGUAUCCACCUCUGCCUCUCAGCCUAGAUGCAGCUGUGGCCAGCUCCUCCCACUGUAUAGCCUCAACUGUAUAUCCAUUCCCCGUUGUAAAUAGUACAAGUUAGAACUGAAUGCUGUUGUUUUAUAACUUUGAGCAAAUAUAUUCACAGCUCUUCUCCUUACUUCUAGCCAGCCUGGAGCUUCACUGACAAUUAUGUGCCCGCUGCACCAUACAUACUGGCAUGGCCUGGUGGCUGCUAACAGAACCAUGGUUAGCCAGGUCAUCUGGAAAGUCUGCCUCGGGGGAAAAUGUGGGAGAUGUGCAACCCUGGGCAAGGUGCUUUUAUAUAUAUGUGUAUAAAAUCUUAUUAGAAAUCACUGUAAGGGGAUUUAAGAUGAAAGGAUUUAAGAUUAAGAGUUUCAACAGCUCUUGACCCAAGCAUAAACUCUUUGCAGAUUACCCCAGGGAGGCUGAAGACUGGUUGCUAUGGGUACUAAAUCCUGUGGUGAGGGAGUUUAUAAGGCAGGGAGGGACCUCAGGUAUACAGUGUUUGCAAAGGCCAUUAUGUUAAGAAGGAGAAAGGCCUGGGUUUGUAUUUAGCUUCAUAUUCCUAUAUUAAAUCUACUAGCCAGGUGCUGUGGGGCAUGUCUGUAAUCCAGUGACUUGGAAGGCUGAGGCAGGAGGAUUCCAAGUUCUAGGCCAGCCUCAGCAACUUAGCAAGACCCUGUCUCAAAAAAUAAAAAAGGACUGGGGAUGUGACUUAGUGGUAGACUGUUCCCAGGUUUAAUCCCUAGUAUAAGGAAAAAAAAAUUUACUGUUUUUUGAGUUUUUUCCCAGUAAGUUUUCCACGUUUCUUUUUUUUCCCCACUAAGUUGCUGAGGCUGGAAUUAAACUUUUGAUCCUCUUGUCUCAGCCUCCUGAGUUGCUGGGAUUACAGGUAUACAUCACAGUGCCCAGGGUCCACAAUGGUUUUUAAAGCUCCUGGAAGAAAAGAGGAAUGGGACUGUCUAUUUAUGUAGUGGCUGCAGGCCCUGCUGCCUCAUCUCAAAGCCUACACUUCUCCUGAAAAUGAGAGUUGAAAGUUCUGGAGUACACAGGAAAAUCAGUUCUCAAGCUGGGCACUGUGGUGCAUGCUUGCAAUCUCAGCUUCUCAACUACUCAGGAGUCUGAGGCAAAGGUUUGAGAUCAGCUUCAGCAACUUACACCCUAUGUCAAUAAAGGGGCUCAGGAUAUGGUUCAAUGAUAAA